AUGUGCAAACUUUCCUAUAAGAGAUCAUUUGAUUGCUAUUUGGAGACUUUCAAUGCCAUCUGCACAAUUAAUGGGCUUAAAAAUCCAAUGUAUGUCGAGUCAAACGCAGCUUCCGAUUUCCCAAGAGCCAUGAUGAAUCAGGCGAAAACUGUCUGCUUCAUUCGCUCCGGAAUGCAUUUUCAUCGAGUGGGUACCACCAAUGGAUUGGAGAACCAGAGACAAGGAACGCCCAAACUAGACUGA